AUGACGCGCGCGCUCGCCCCCGCCCCACCGCUCGCGCGCGCGCGAACGCGUGCGCAAGGUCCUCGACCAUCGACUCGACCCUUCAGCGCGUCGGUGCGCGCCGAGAGCGAGACGCACGGUCGGCGUCCCGACGCUCGAGCCCACGUUCAGCAAAAUCUCAUCCAGCGACGCUCCGUCGUCUCUCGGGCGUCGAUCGCGAACGACGUCGCGGUGAACGAUGCAAAUGAUCGCUUCGGACGUCCGCGCGCGCGGGCGCCCGCUCAAGCGCCGCCGAUCGUGGUUUUGGGUGGUUUCGGCAACGCGGCGAGCGACUACGAAGACGCGCUCGGGAGCGACGACGCGUCGUUGGUGAAAUCGCUCAAAGAGCGCGGAUUCGCGGUGCACGUCGCUCGAUUGGAGCGAAAAGAUUGGGCGAUCGGGAUCUUACGAGGAAUCUUCACCAAGGGGUUUUGGUUGAACGCGUGCACGACGCGCGAGAGUUACGGGUGGUAUUUAGAGCGCGUGCACGAGGCGGUCGAGGAGGCACUCGAGGCGAAUCCGGAGGCGACGAAGGUGGAUUUAGUCGCACACUCUGCCGGUGGAUGGCUCGCGCGUGCGUUCAUCGGCGGCGCUCGAGCGCUGAACGCGAGCGAGGCGGAGUGUUCGGGAGAGGCGCUGGAGCGGGACGCGCGCGUGCGAAGACUGGUGUGUCUGGGGACGCCGCACGCGCAGGAUGCGAAAUCCGAUCCCACGCGCGGGGCGUCGAAGUGGGUGAAUGACACCUGGCCCGGGGCGUACUUUGCGCCCGAAGUCCGCUACGUGUGCGUCACGGGACGCGCGGUGACCGGGGACGUCACGGCUGAGCCGAAAACGGUGCGCAAAUACGCCGCCGGUUCCUACGCCGUCGUCGCCGGUGGAGACGGGAACGGCGUCGAGGGCGACGCUGUGGUCCCCAAUAGCGCCGCGCUCGCGUUAGAGGGCGCCGAGACGGUGGUCAUCGACGGAUGCUGGCACUCAAUGUCGACCGUCGGCACCUUUGACGAAGCGUCCAAGUUUCCUUGGUACGGCUCGGACGACGUCGUCGACGAGUGGCUCACCGCGCUCUGCGACUGA